AGGCGCUCCGAGCGCGUAAAACAGGAGAAAGAAGAACUCUCAGAGAUCUACAUACAAAGGAGUUCGUUCGCUCCUCGUCUCUCUCUCCAUUCUCUACCGUCGUCACGUCACAAACACGCCCGCGAAAACCCAAACCCAAACUCAGCCCGAGAGAAAGAAAGCAGGAAAGAAAGAACCUUCGGCCCGUCCAUUCGCACUCUAUCCAGCGCCGCUAUGGCCAGUGGCCCGAUAACUCUAGUUCCCGCAACGCUCAAGGAAGCGUCGCUCGACUCGCCCACGUUCCGCGGCACCGUAAUCCACUACGCCGAGCAGGUCGACCUGGUCGAGAAAUGGCUGGACGGGUUCAUCAAAGCGUCGGUGAAGCUCGUGAGUGAGGUUGUUGCGCUCGAGGACCCCAUCAAUAACUUCCUGGCCCGCACCGUCCCCGGGAAUAUCUCCGAGAGCGUCGUCGAUCAUGAUUACACCCUGCUGGCUAUGCAGAGGUAUGCGGAGGGCUCAAAGGGCUUUUGGACGAACAUUGUGGUCGGCGCAAGGCGCGUGCAGAAUAAUAUCAUCGAGCCGAUGACGACGUUUCAGCGGGGGGAGGUCAAGAACUUCAAGGAGACGAGGAGACUGCUCGAGGCCGCUCAGACGAAAUACGAUGCGCUACUUGCCCGGUACCUGUCGCAGUCGAAAUCGAAGGAGCCAUCGGCGCUGCGGGAGGACGCGUUUCAGCUGUACGAAGCGAGGAAGGCCUACAGCAAGACGUGCUUCGACUUUUGCAUUGCGGCGCCGGCGUUCCGGAUCAAUCUCGAUCGGCUACUCACCAAGGUCAUCUCGAAUCAAUGGAGGGAGCAGAUCGGAUUGCGCAAGGAUAUGGCGGGGCUGGUGGAGAAAUGCAGUUCGGACAUUGAGAGGAUACGGAGCUGCUACGAUUCUAUGGAGGUCAAUGAGAGCGUUUUCCGGAAACAGCUUACGACGGCCAGGAAAGAGUUGGAGCGGAGGGCGAAGAUGGAGUACCAGCCGGCGAGAGAGCUGGAUGAGUACUCUUUGAACACGGUGCCGUACCUGACGUCACGGCCCCCCGCUGUCGUCGAGGGAGAGGAGGUGCCGAGCGAGAAGCAGGGCUGGCUAUUCAUGCGCACGCUUACCGGCAAGCCUACACGGACGCUGUGGAUUCGGAGAUGGUUCUUCAUCAAGGCGGGAAUCUUUGGUUGGUUGGUACAGGGCUAUCGCGGAGGAGGUGCGGAGGAGAGUGAGAAGGUUGGAGUGCUUCUGUGCAAUAUCAAGCCGGCUUUCCAGGAGGAACGCAGGUUCUGCUUCGAGGUCAAGACAAAGGAUACUACGAUACUCUUACAAACAGAAACACAGUCCGAUCUUACCAUGUGGAUGGCUGUCUUCGAGCAGGCAAAGAGGGCUGCCGUGGAGUCCUCAUCACUCGUUGCUUCUUCGCAGGCAUUCUCUAUCCUACCUCCCUCGGCUCCUGCGCCGCCAGCGGAACCGGCAUAUGUUACCAGAGGCCACGACGGGAACUCGGCCAGCUCGGUUGUACCCCCCGAAGGUCUCUCACUGCUACCCCGAACCAUCCGACGUGACGCCGACAACCACGGCUUUGAGCGCGCUACCACACUCGGACCGGGUACCGGCGGUGCAUUCUCCCGAGGAACAACGUCGAUGGAUGCCAACCGAGGAGGAGCACCGGAACCGUCGAAUCCAGUGAAAUCGGAUCCCCGCAAGGCAUCGUUCGGCAUGGGCGAACGCAACAUCUCCCCAGUUGGAAUGGGCUCAACACCGGUAGGAAUUUCGGCACUGAUCGCAGCGAGCCACAAUCUUCUCCCCAUCUCUCCGGACCCGGCUAAGCAAAUAACGAUGACGUUGCCGGAGGUCCAGGUUCCUACAGCUAGCAGUCUUGCGCCGAAUACACUCAGCAGCACUCCAUCGCCGGUUAACCUAUUGACAGCUGCCACGGUCACCUCCGGAUCCGGAAUCACGGGAAUCACCGAGAGAUCACCGGUCACCGCUCCGGAGAAGGGACAUCGCAAAACCAUGAGCUUAGAUGUCGGUGGGAAUAAGGGGGAUUCGACGCCUGGUGAGUAUGAGUAUUUCCCGGGUUAUCCGAUGGCGUUAAGAGUGCAGGAUGAGCACUUCAGGAUGCUUUUCCCCGGGACGCACGAUCAUGUGGUGCAAUUAGUGUUUCGUGCCAUCUGGAGUCCAAAUGACACUCAAGAACUUCCCGGCCGCUGCUUCGUGACCGAUCGGAACCUGUACUUCUAUUCACACUAUCUAGGACUAGUAUUCACCAGCAUCACUCCGUUAGCUACCAUCGCAGAGGUCAAGGCAGCGCCAGAGAAAGAUUGCGACUAUCUCUUCCUCCAUCUUAAUCUAGGAGCGGGCGGUGAGAAGUCGCUAAUCACCAUCAAGACGUUCUUGGAGCCUCUCCGGUUGCUUCACAGACGGCUGGACCUCAUGGUUAGGAAUGCACACCCCAAGGCGGCGAUUGAGGGUACGAAGAUGAAUAGUCAGGAACUACUGCAGCAAUUAAUAGAGCUCGAGAAGGAGGUCGAAAGUAGGGGCUCAGAUGAUAUGAGCUGGGAAGACGUGGGGUUGUACACCGACGGCCGCGGCGACGAACCUAUCAGUAGGAGGAGGGGCGCACCAGAGGAGUUCAGACUCCGGCUUGAUCAUGACGGUGAUCGGGCUCUCGACGAGAAAGCCAGGGAGGCCAAACUCAAACUCCCUUCAGCGCCUGUGGUGUAUCACCCGCCAGGAAUGAGCCGAAGGUCACUGGAGCGCGAAUUUGAAAUCCCCCCGAAGGCACUGUUUCAUGUCCUAUUCGGGGACAAGUCGACUGUGUUCCAGAUGAUGUACGCGCAGAGGAGAGCUCAACCAAUUCAACAGAGCCCGUGGAAGGAACUGGAUAAGGGAAAGGCAAGACGGCAGUUUGCUUAUCAUGCGACUUUCCUAGACACCUUUGGGCGCAAUAGGAGAGCAGAUGUCGUCGACCAUCAGACCAUCGAGAAGCAGGAUGAACAUAUCUGUUAUGUGGUCACGGAUGUGAAGACACCCUGGCAUCUCCCGCACCGCAUGAAUUUCAUCAUGGUCAGCAAGAUUGUGAUUACGCAUGUGACCGCAAGCAAAAGCAAGUUGACGGUAUGGACAAGAGUCGAUUGGUUUAAGGAUCCAAUGUUCUCAAAAAAUAUCGUCCAACAGCAAGCCCAGGAGGACCUGGACAACGAUGCGCUAGAUCUAGGCGACGUUGUUGCCGAAGCAAUUGGCAAGCUCGGCAAAUCAGCAAAUGUUCUCACCGCCAUGCAGAUCUUUGGCGGCAUUAACGGCCAAACCGUGGUUCCCGCCACUCCGUCCGCCGGUGCCAUAACGGGCAUCCAGCCCAAACAGGACACGCCACCCAAGCCCAUACACGCUCCCCGCAUUCCGAUCAAGCAGCACUCACUCUCACAGAUGCUCCUCGAAAACACCCUGAGCCUGGCCGAAAGCGCCGUCAGCAACGUGAUCAUGUCGAUCGUCGCCGUGGUCAAGGGCAUAGCCGGCCUGUUCUCCGCGCACUGGAUUCUCCUCGGGCUCCUCGGCUUCUCGGUCGUGGCUAACACGGCGCUAUCAACCCGUGCUGUAACGGCCUACUGGAGCGAGCGUCGCGCGCACGCCCUCCUCGAAUCCAUCAGCGCAGCCCCGGACGGCACCAUGGCCCGAGCCAUCACCAUUUCUGACCUUGAGCUUGCCGUCGCGCCCGCAGGAAACAUCACGCACCCCUCGGGCGGCAUGUGCUGGAGCAAAUUCCUCUCUCGCGCCACCAGCGGCGACGGGACGAUGGGGCAGCGGAUCCACGGUGGCCGCGAGACGCUGGGGCGCUACCGCCACGAUCUGGUGGUCGCCGUCAGAGUCGUUAACGCACUCGAGCGGGAGCUGGUCAAGGCCGAGUGGGAGAGGUGGGUCUAUGGCGAGCUAGAGAGGUGUAGGUUCGCCGCCAGGCUGCUGAGGAGUAUGGAGGGCGUCGAGGGCAUAGACGGCCUCCAGGGUGCGCACGGCCUCGAGGAGUAUUGUGGCGAUUGCGAACUGGUCAGGGCGGGGGGCGUGAUGUGAUGGAUACUAGUAUGGUGUU